UUCGAAUUGGGGCUGGCAAACGUAAUUGAGCAAUUUAAUUCGCCAUUACCGAAACAAAAUGCUGCCUACGACUUUAUCAUUGUGGGCGCUGGCGCUGCCGGUUGCACGCUAGCCAAUCGAUUGUCCGAGAACCCAAACUGGUCGGUAGCUGUGCUCGAAGCCGGCGGCAUUGAAAACAUCGCACAUACUAUCCCCAUAACGACGGCUUUUCUACAGAGCACACAUUCCAAUUGGGGCUACAAGUCAGUGCCGCAGAAGCUUGCCUGUUUUGGCAUGAACAACAAUGAGUGCGCUUUGCCGCGCGGUAAAAUUUUGGGCGGCACCAGUUCCAUCAAUCACAUGAUAUACAACCGUGGCAAUAGACGCGACUACGAUAGCUGGGCGGCUGCGGGCAGCAAAGGUUGGUCGUACGACGAAGUGCUACCCUAUUUCCUCAAAUCAGAGAAUGCCCAGCUAGCAGGUUUGGAAACAUCUGCCUACCACAACCACUCCGGCCCGUUGAGUGUCCAGGAUGUGCGCUAUCGCACACAGUUUUCACAUGCGUUUGUGCGUGGCGCACAACAAGCCGGACAUCCACGCACGGACUACAAUGGCGAAUCACAAGUGGGUGUAUCAUAUGUGCAAGCCACGACGCGAAAUGGGCGGCGUCACAGCGCCUAUCGUGCUUUCAUAAGACCGGUGCAACGUGUGCGUCCAAAUCUAAGGAUUUUUACGCUCGCGCAGGUGUUGCGCAUACUCAUCGAUGCGGAAACAAAGGUGGCCUAUGGUGUGGAGUUCUUGCAUCAGAAGAAGCGUUACACUUUUAAGGCCCGCAAAGAGGUUAUACUAUCGGCCGGCGCUUUCAAUUCACCACAGCUUUUAAUGUUAUCCGGUAUUGGACCUGCGGAUAACCUAAAUGCAAUCGGUGUGCCCGUAAUACAGGAACUGCCGGUGGGUAAACGCAUGUACGAUCACAUGUCGCACAUAGGACCAGUAUUUCUCACUAACACUACUGGCCAAACUACAUAUCCGACUAGCAUCACCUUGAGUGACAUUAAGCGGUUUUUCCUCUUCGGGGAUCCAAGUACGCGCCUAUCUAGCAUAGGCGGUGUGGAAUGUUUAGCUUUCGUCAAAAUACCAAGCUCCCAAACACCGCCUGAUUGGCCUGAUGUCGAACUGAUAACAGUAUUGGGAGGCAUGGCAUCCGACGAUGGCACAGCACUCAAGGAGGGUGGCAAUAUUCGGCAGGAUCUCUAUGAUCAACUGUAUCUGCCACUACAGCUGGCACGUCAAGAGCAUUUCACCGUGCUAAUCAUGGAUUUCCAUCCGAAAUCGGUAGGACGGAUUUGGCUGCAUAAUCGCGACCCUUUGCGUUGGCCAGUAAUCGAUCCAAAAUAUUUCUCCAAUGAAGAGGACAUCGAACAUUUAUUAGAGGGCAUCAAAGUAGCCAUACGCAUCGGUGAGUCACCCGCCAUGCAGCGCAUUGGCGCGCGUCUAUAUGACAAACCGGUGCCGGGUUGUGAGCAGUACAUUUUCGGCAGCGACGACUAUUGGCGUUGCUCCAUACGCACAUUAUCCUACACACUGCAUCAUCAGGUGGCCACCUGUCGCAUGGGACCGGCGACAGAUCCCACCACAGUAGUAGAUCCACAGCUAAAGGUGCAUGGCAUUCGCAAAUUGCGGGUUGUAGAUACGAGCAUCAUUCCUUUCCCACCUACGGCGCACACGAAUGCACCAGCUUUUAUGAUUGGUGAGAAGGCGGCCGACAUGAUACGCGGAGAGUGGGACGAAAAUAAAGACAUUUAUCAGCUAUAA